CAGCAAUUCUCCUUUUUUCGUUAUAAAUUUCAGGUAUUUCUCGUUGCGUGUGGUGUAUGAUGCAUGCGUGAUGUUCGUUAGAAUGCUUCAGUGAAUCACUCAUUUUGUAAAGCAAAUUAGGUGGGUUUUCUUUGUAGAAGCCAAAUAGUGUGGAAUCUAGUUUAGUCACUAUGUAUGGGAUUAGACAAAGGUUGUUUUUGGUUCACAGAAGGUUACAUACAUUGUCCCGAGAUGGCCCAUCAGAAAGCUUGAAGGGAAGGGUUGCUGAGUUGGAGAAGAUAAGGAAAAAGAAGAAUGUGAAGAAAGACCAGGUGUUUGUUGAGGUUCCUGAAUCAAAAUCAUAUCUGGACACGGCCACUAUGCCAAUGUAUCUCACUGUUGCUGCAAUUGCACUCUUUACCAAGUUGCUCAUGAUGUAUGAUGACUCAAUUUCCCAAGAAAUGACUGAGCGUAGAAUAAAAAAUGCUCCUCCUGGGCAAGGCACGGUUAGGAUGCUGACUCGUGAAGAGUGGGAGAAAUUUCGGGAGGUGAGGCCAAGGACUCCUUUUGAAUCUAAACUUGCUCGUCCAAAUGCACGAAUAAGGACUGGAGAACCAGUGCACAUGGAUGACUUGAAGGAUUGGUCAAUCGAUGUGCUCACAAAUGCAUUCACAAGGGCUGAAGAAUGUGCCAAACUCAAUUCAAAGUGAUAUCAGUGAAAGAAGACUUUCACCAAUCCUUCCAUCUCUUUGAAAUAAGGUUUAACCUCACCAAGGGAAAAUCUUAAAAGAUAUUGAUGCUUGACAUGCAGAAUCAUAGAUGUAUUGGCAUAAAACGUUAUUCAUAGAACCAUAUUAUACGUUUUUUGUUGAUCUGCUAGAAGAAUAUUCAUUUAAAAAUAGUUCUGUUAUUAUAUUGACUAGGUAAUCCAAACCAAAGGAUGAAUAAAUCAAAGAAUUGAAUCA